UACGCCGACAAGCAGCGCGUCGCGUCGGCGGACGAACAACAUGAUGGACCUCUUCGAGACCAACGCGUAUCUGUUCGGGGACCUGCGCUACCUGGAGGCCGACCACGGCGCCCUGCAGCAGCACCUGGGCCCCCAGGGCGUGUCCCCGCUCUACCCGGGUCACCACGGCGACCCCCUGCCGCCGCCCGGCAGCCAGCACGACCCCCUCCGCCUCCGCCACAACGUCCCGUCCGCCGCGGGGGGCACGGAGGAGGACGAGGAGGACGACGACGACGACGACGACGACGAUGAAGACGACGAGGAGGACGGAGGCGCCGAGAGCAGCGGCGGGGACGAGGGCCACGUCAGGGCCCCCCCGGGGCUGCGGCCCCACUGCGAGGGCCAGUGUCUGGUCUGGGCGUGCAAGACGUGCAAGAGGAAGUCGGCGCCGAGCGACCGGCGCAAGGCGGCCACGCUGCGGGAGCGGCGGCGGCUGAAGAAGAUCAACGAGGCGUUCGACGCGCUGAAGAAGAAGACGGUGGCCAACCCCAACCAGCGGCUGCCCAAGGUGGAGAUCCUGCGCAGCGCCAUCAGCUACAUCGAGAAGCUACAGGACCUGCUGCAGACGCUGGACCGCGCCGAGGCGGGCGGGGCCGGGGGGCCGCCCGGCGCCAAGGGCCACAACGUGAUGAGUGGCAGGUACCAUUGGAAGAAGUCUUCCCAGAAGUUGCAGACCUCUGCAGACCAUUCCAACGCUCCCAUGACCAAUCACAAAGCAGGUAACGAGAUGUCAAGCGCCCCCAGCCUUCUUCAUCUUUCGUCCAUUGUAAACAGCAUCUCACAGGAAGAGAAGAUACAGCUGAACCCAGAGAGGCCUCCUCUCCCCCCCGGGCAUCUCGAGAGACCGCUGCCCUCCGCCUACACUGCUGUCUCCUACCCUGCUGCCCGCCUUCACCCCUCACCGUCCACCAGAAGAAGAAGAAGAAGAAGAAGUAGAAGAAGCAGGAGUAGUAGAAGAAGAAGAAGAAGAAGAAGAAGAAGAAGAAGAAGAAGAAGAAGUAGAAGAAGCAGGAGUAGUAGAAGAAGAAGAAGAAGAAGAAGUAGAAGAAGCAGGAGUAGAAGAAGAACCAGAAGAAGAAGAAGAAGUAGAAGAAGAAGAAGAAGAAGAAGCAGGAGUAGAAGCAGAAGUAGUAGAAGAAGAAGAAGAAGAACCAUCGGAGGCCCCAUGGAUCUCUUCUCUCCCUCCCAGGGGUACUACGACGAGGCCUCCUCUCCGGACAGCCUGGACUUCGGCGGCGGGGGCCUGGAGCUGGCCGGCUCCGAGGAGGACGAGCACUUCAGGGUCCCGGGCGCGGACCACCAGCCGGGCCACUGCCUGCAGUGGGCCUGCAAGGCCUGCAAGCGCAAGCCCACCACCAUGGACCGCCGGCGGGCCGCCACCAUGCGGGAGCGGCGGCGGCUGAAGAAGGUGAACCACGCCUUCGAGGCCCUGCGCCGCUGCACCUCGGCCAACCCCAGCCAGCGGCUGCCCAAGGUGGAGAUCCUGCGCAACGCCAUCCAGUACAUCGAGAGCCUGCAGGACCUGCUGCACGAGCAGGUGGAGCAGUACUACGCCCUGCCCGGCCAGAGCGGCUCAGAGCCCGGCAGCCCUCUGUCCAGCUGCUCCGACAGCAUGGCCGACUGCAACAGCCCCGUAUGGCCGCAAGUGACCGCCCUCUACAGCGGCGGCUACUGUUACGUUAAGAAUGACGGCCAGGUCAGCAAGGCGGCCGGGGCCUCCAGCCUGCAGUGUCUCUCCAGCAUCGUGGACCGCCUCACCUCCGUGGAGGUCCCCCACGCCGGGCCCCCGGGGGUCCCCAGCGACGGCUACUCCUGCUCCCCUGACUCCCAGCCCCAGUCCCCCGAGAGCCCCGCGGGCCCCAGGCCCAUCUACCACGUCCUGUGAUCAGGGGGGGGGAGACGGACCCCCAAAGCUGGGGGCCGCCAGGUGGGAAGGACAACAGGAACAUUUGCAGAGUGCAUUACCAACCCCCCAAAUCCCCCCCAGCUCCCCCCAUCCCCCAACAGUUCAAAAGCACUAGCAUGUACGCUCAACCGACGCCAACAUUUCUCGAAGCUGACCCUAAACUGAUGCCAAACUGACGCUGAAUUUAUGUUAAAGUUCUGAUGAAGAGACUGAACUGAACUGACGCUAAACUGACGCUGAAUUUACGUCAAAGUUAAGCUGAAGUGAGUUCACUGAUGCUAACUUGGUGCUAAAUUUAUGCUAAUGUUAAGCUAAAGUGACUAAAGUGAUGCAAAAUUGACUCUAAACUGCCGUUAAUGUUAGCUAGAGUGACUAAACUGAUGCUUACGUGGCGCUGAAUUUACGUUAAAGUUAAGCUAAAUUGACCAAACUGAUGCUAAAUUGACGCUAAAGUUCAGUGAUUAGCAACAGAGAACAUUGAUGCCCAGUGGUCAGCUUUUUUUAUUGUAAAUAUGUGAGAUUGUAAAUAUAUACGUGUAAAUACCCGUCUAUUCUAUCUAUGCUAUUCUAUACCGUAAUGGACCAUAUUUAAUAAUGAUAAUAAUAAUAAUAAAAAUUCACUUGACACAUCGUGCAUUUUAUUCAAACUCAAUGUUGUAUUUAAAGUGUUGCUUUUUCUAU